AGUUCCUCACAACAAAACCUAGCUUAGUAGAACAGAACAGACUCCAGCAGCCUAGUCUGCUGAAAUCUAAGCAACAUUCCACCCACCACCAACCUUCCUUCACACCGCCACUAUGGAUCCCACUUCCCAAGCAUCCACAGCCAACCACGCCAUCAACAUCAUCAACAGAGAUCCUCCUCCAACAAAACCCUGUGGCAGCAGCAGGAGUUCAUCUUUCAUGUCUAAUUACUUGUCUUCCAGACUCCUAAACCCAUCUCACCACCACCACCGCUCCAACGACAAAAACCCACCACCACCUUGCUUAGAUUCCCACUUGCAGGCCAGAGCCAUGGCCGUUUCCGCUGAUUUCGAAGCUUCUUCCGGGUUCCCUGCUGCUAAGUCCAAGUACUACUACCGCGCCCAGCAGAGGAGGCAGAGUGAUGGCAGGGGCGAGAAAGAGACCCUGAAAAGGGUUGUUGGAAAGCAAGAAUCUUUACCCCAGGGGAAGGUCAAGAAGCAGGAUUUUGAUUUGGGUUUGGUGUUGGUGGAGGAGGAGAAGAAGAAAGUUUUGGUUGUGAAUGAGAAGACCAAGAAGAAGCAAGACAGCAGCAAGAGUGAUGAUGUUGAUGUUGAUGAUUAUGAGAGUGGGAAGAAGGAAAUGGGAAAGGAAGUGGAUCUUCUGUUGCUUGAAGGGGUUGAUGAUGUUAAGAUAAGGAGAUCAAUGAAUUGUUCACGAGUGGAGCUGGGUGAUUUCUUAGCAAGCAAUGGUGCUAAGACCGUCUCGGUUGAUAUGCCCCCAUUUAUGCAGAUCCAUGCUGUUGAUUGUGCCAGGAGGACUUGUGAUAGUCUCCAGAAGUUCGCUGCCAAGACCCUCGCUCUCACUCUCAAGAAGCAGGAGUUUGAUGGUGUUUAUGGUCCGGCAUGGCAUUGCAUUGUAGGGACAAGUUUUGGGUCCUUCGUGACUCAUUCUGUUGGUGGGUUUCUCUAUUUCUCAAUGGACUCCAAAUUUUAUGUCCUCUUGUUUAAGACUACAGUCCAGAGAGCAGCAGAUUCAGUUGAAUAAUUGGGAUUGAGGAUGAACCCAUUUAAGUAUAACCACGAACUCAUUCCUCUGUGUUAUAGAUUAGAUCAGUUUAGUUGAGCUGAAAGAGCCGUGACAGAAGCUAAAAAGAAAUGCUGUCUCUUCCACAGAUCUGUAUUUUGUGUUUUUGAGGAUUGUUUUUGUUUUUGUCUCUUUCGCUGUAGAAACUAGGAAAGCAGCAAAGCAAAUGUGUGAAUAUGAUAUGGAAAGUUUUCACCUUUUCCACCCUUUUACCCCCCAAGUUCUCCCAACUUUCUGAGUAGUUUCACUGGCCAAAAUUUCUGUUGCUUUCUCUCCCUGACCACCUAGUUUCUGUACCAGUGAUUCCAUAGCAUUCCAACCUGUUCUAAAUUCAAUG